GCAUUCGCUCUGACCGUGAUACGUCAUCUUAACCCGAAGUCUCCCAGAUGGACAGUGGUUUUGGAGAUCAACAACUGCAUGAAAGUCACCUCUCACCUGAUCAGAGGAGUCGCAGUUGUAGGUCAUCAGGGACAGCUGCCCUCUAUUUACAAGGUCAAGCGUACAGUUCUGGAACAGGUUCUGAAUCAUCGCUAGCAUCAGGACUAUCUGAUUCGAUGUAUGUGAAUAACACAGCCACUGCGGCCACUGGAAACUUUGAAGCGCGUUUCCGACAAGGUUACUGUAAUCUACGCUGUUGCGGAAUAAAUUACCAACCAGGCUCUGGGCACUCUGACGAAGAUGUGGCUGUUGAAGAAAUAUGGAUCAUGGGUUCCAACAGCCCCACUCAAAAUACAUCGUCAUACAAUAACGGUCGCUUUGGUCUACUACCAUCGAUGUCUGGAACGGCGGAGGCUGCAUCGAACAAUUUUGAAGAGUCACCUUUCUUCUCUAUAUCACAUAUUGAAGCAUCGAACCCAGUGCCUUUGGUGUGCCCUAAUUGUCGUGCACAAAUAUCUCAGAUCAACGAGUGUGCCUGUGUAAGCGCUCUGACAAACGGGAUAUCCAAUUCAUCGAAUGGUGAUUGUAUCUCUUCUUGGGGGUGUUCUCGGUUCGGAAACCCGGACAGCCAACGUACCCCAACAAAAUUGCGUUUGAAUGCCACCCCGAGCCAUUGCGCCUUCCCUGUCCUGGCCAGUUCCGCUCAGUGUAUCCUACCGCAGCGUACCAGUUCAGCAGCAUCGAGUUCGCAAACUGUAGUGACGGGCGAUUACGUUGGUGGCGAAGGGUUGACAACUGCUGCCCCACCUUCGCCUCCCUUGCUGGAACUGACGGGAGAUGUGAGAGCCGUCAACUUCCCAGCGCUGGACCAUCGUCCAAUUCGAACCUGAUUAUAACGACAGAGUCGGAAUGAAACGCAACAUGGUCUGAACCGGUGACAGAAGAAUAAGCAUUUUGUGCCAUUCCUUAUUUUUGUCACGUGACGUUACCUUAAAGAUGUAUCCAGCUUGAGAGUCUUAGUAUACAGCGACAGUAAAUUCUCCGUUGCAUCUCUGUUCCCCAUAGAGUGUAGGUAACAUAUAACUAUGCAGUGAGUGUUGUAUUGCGUUUGUCAGAUCCUUUUCAACAUUCCCGACGGACGAAGAAGGAAUUCAGAAGAAGUUAUGCAUCUUCCAUUUUUUGGCUAUCUUUUGAAUAUGCUGCUGUCGAUAAUCGAAUUUUGUAAAAUUAAUGUUCCUAUCCAUUUUUACACGAUUCACAUUAUAAAGAAUGUUACACACAUUAA